GUGAGAUGGGGAAACUGGUCGCGAAAGGAUGGCACAAACACGACCUGGCAAACCUAUAUAACUGAUCGCAGUGAUUUGAUCAAUCGCUGGAACAAAGUGCAGGGCAAUAAGCGUAACGCACUUGCCCAGGACAGUCUAGACAUGGAAGUGUCAUGGCCAGAUGACGCAGUGCAUAAGCGUUUCACGUUCCUGCGCGCGCAAGCAUACGAGGAGAAGAAACACAAACGGCUUGAUAAGCCCUCAGCGGCAAACUGGGACAAGGAAAUAGAAAGUGCAUGCAGAUGCACAGAUGAGCCCGACGCUGAAGAUGGCAAUGCGGCGUCUCGCCUGCGUGUGCGCCGAGGUACCCCGCGUUCUACCCUAUCAUCUGGUAUGCCACGUUCGUCCUCUUCCAAACGUACUCGUGGACCAACUCCUUCGAAUCCCUUGUCUUUGUCUAAAAGAGGUGUUUCUGCAAGGAAAAGGUCACCUUCCAUAGGGGAUGACGCUUUUCGCUCUUUGAUGUUCAAUUUGUCUACAAGCACAGUGGAAUCUCCCAGGGCUAUAUCCAAAGGCGUUACAGAAGGAUCUAAGAAUGCUAUUACAAACCACUCUGUCAAAUAUGGGCAGGCCAGCACUUCAAAACCCGCGUCAUCAGCUAUGAAGGGCGACAUUAUAUUUGUUCGCUCUGCGAAGCCUCUGCGCGGGCGAGCGCACUUACAGAGUAAUUGGAACCAAGCAGCGCAGGAAGCCGGUGCCGCAGAUCUACACAUCUCCAGCGAGAUCGUAGAUGGCGACAUUGGGCAGCAUCUGUACAAAUUCAAAUAUAUGGAGAGGUCAUAUCAUUUUGAUAAUGAUGGUCUCCAGUCAAUCUUUGACGUCGAUCCAGGGGCUUUUCUUGCAUGUGCAUGCACGACGUGUCAAAGAGCAUCUCGAUGCGACUGUCAGACAGAAUCGGAAAUCACGAAUGAAAGAGGGCAUAAGUUAUACGCCUAUAGCGGGGUGAGUAUCUCUAUCUGUUGCGGAACGUAUUGGCAACUUGUACAGGGACUUUUUGCAUUUCGUAUCCCCCAAGGAGUUGAAGUUAUUGAGUGCAACAAGUACUGUAGAUGUGGUCCAAUGUGCGGUAAUCGCGUUGCUCAGAAGCCUCGUGAUAUUCCAAUCGAGAUUUUCAAGACAAAGCAAUGCGGCUGGGGUGCUCGUUGCCUCGUCGCACUGCCAAAAGGAAAGGUAUUGGGAAUAUACACAGGGACGCUGCUACGUCGGGAAGACGUGGAGAACCUUCCUCCGGAGCACAUUGGUUAUGUUUUCGAUCUUGAUGGCACAGAGGUCCGUGGUCAGCACAAUGCAGGAGACAAGUUUUCGGUCGAUUCUUAUGACUGCGGUAACUGGACCCGCUUUGUCAAUCACUCAUGCUCCCCCAGUAUGAAGGUCUAUUCGGUCGUCUUCGACACCAUUCGAGAGGUACAUAUGCCUUAUGUGGCGUUCGUUGCUGCACGAGACAUACCUAUCGGAGAGGAGCUCACUAUUGAUUAUGAACCAAGCGCUGCCGAAGACAUGGCUGAAGGCACUGGGAAGCAAAAACGAAAGAUGUCACCCACCGCGCUCUUAUGCAAGUGUGGCUCCAAGCGAUGUAGAGGAUGGAUUAAGCAAUGAGAGUCACUCCAAGGUUGUGCGCGUCAUGCAUUGUUGCAGCCGACGAGAGAAUAUAUCAGUCACCCCUCUCCCCCGAUGGAGUUUAGGAUCAUUGGCUC